AUGUCGCGAAACAACGUCCCAAUACUGUCCCUUUUGGAAGGGGCGCAGCGACCGGAUGACAAUCAUUCGGCCCAACAGCCUCAGAUUCUGCAAACUGUGGCUCAACAGUCUCAAACAGGAAGAGUUGAAAAUGCUCCUCGGCAAUCCUCCUCGAGUUCUCCUCCGCCAGCACCGAUGGCCAAUAAUAUACAAUCUCUUAUUUCCCAAUAUCAAACAUCAGUGAGUGUUCCUGCCCCACUGCCGACAAAAGACUUGAAAAUUGUCCAUGAACGGGAUCUGCCUAAUCCUGCUCCGCAAAUAGCCAGACCAAUACCCCCUUCGAGUCUUUUACAGAACUUCUUGAAAAAUUUUCAGACAAGCUUCAAUGUUACACCUGAAACCCCAAAUAAUGAGCCAGGAAGCUCCCCGAAACCCACUCAGAAAUCUGCUCUGAAAUCUGCCACGAAAUCUACUCCAAAAUCUGCAAGAUCUUCUCCCGCAGCACAAACGACAUCAAAGUUAGUACCUUUGAAACCCGCGAUUCAGAUCGAUUCUACACAUAGUAGAACAUCCAUCAAUUCCCUCAUCAAUUCUGAUGAAGUUGGCCAGGCGCAAACUAAAAAACGUCCUGUUGUCAAGGUAGAGGGACCAAGCAAGAAACAGAAAACUGAACCAAGCAAGAAAUCAAAUAAACAAGAUUCGAAAACCGAAACAAAGAAAGGAACGAAGGGCAAGAAGAAAACUCCUGACGUUGUCACUCCACAAGAAAAACCUUCUAUUCAUCCAACAAUGACAGCAGAUCGCUCAGAGAACGCCUCGUCUAAAAUUACAUUACCAGCAACAACAUUUAUAGAACCGAAAAGUACUCUGGCAGCUGCUGAAGAUACUCAUCAACCAGCCGGGCUGGAGCUAACUUUGCAGAGCCUGGGUGACGCCGAGAUAACUACAACAAAAAAUCAAACGACCGGCGUGGACACUACAAAAGAAAAAGAAAAAGUCAAAGAAAAAGAAAAAGAAAAAGAAAAGAAAGAUAAGGAUGAAAAUGAUAAGGACAAAGAGAAAGAGAAAGAGAAAGAAAAGGAGCCUGUACCAGAGCCUCCGGUGAUUGCGUUGAAUAUUCCGCUUCUAGAUCCUAAGAACCCACAACCAGGACAAGCGGAGGUAAUCAUCAAUGUUUUGAAGCUAGCAGAGGACAAAUAUGGAUGGAAUGUGAUACAUCCAAAUGCAAAGUCUGCAAUCGAUUUGAUGGACGAGAUCUUGGAUGACGAUGAUGAGGGCGAAGAUGAAGAGGAAGACGAUAUUUCCAUGGCUGAUGAUCGCGGGAAUCUGUUAACUUCGAAAAAGAAGGAAGAGCUUACUGAAGAACAACUCAUUAAACGGCAUGAGACAAAAAUGAACAGAAAGGUUGGCAAAUACGAUUAUGAGGACCCCUUCAUCGAUGAUGCAGAACUUCAAUGGGAAGAAGAGAUUACUACAACUAAAGAAGGCUUUUUUGUGUACUGGGGUCCGUUGGUUGAGGAAAGAUCUGCAACCAAAAAAGGAGCCAGUAAAAGUAAAAAGUAG